CGUAACCAAGCGACGAUUCCACGCAUCUCGUAACAAUGCAACGCUUGUUCGAGAUGUGUUUUUUGUUCCACAUUGCAUAGCUACGUUGAUCGUAAACUUAGACAUUUUAAGUGCAUUCCUCGUGAUCUAUGCUAAAUUUUAGUUCACCUCUAAAUGUUAAAUCGCAAUAAAAAAUAGAAAAAAUAAAAGACAAAGUGAGAGUGACGUUUUUUUUCCUUCUUAGUCAACGAAAGUUAACGUUGCGUGAUCAUGACAAGUGUUUACGAAAUCCUUCUGUGGCCUUUGGUAACGCUGCUGAGCGUCAUCGUAGGGAUUCCACUACGAAUGUUGAACGGAUGCAAGAGGAAACGAUGCUGUUCUCCGGUUGAAGAUGAUCUGCUGAUGAUUCCUGCCCGAGAUUUAGUUAGAAAGAUCGUUAAACAAGAGGUGAAAUGUCACACGGUUAUCAGCAGAUACGUGAACCGUAUAAACGCUGUGAAUCCUUUGGUCAACGCUAUCGUGGAGGAACGAUUCGAAGACGCUUUGAAAGAAGCUGCAGCAGUUGACGAGAUGAUAACGCAGAACAAAUUGAGCGAGGAAGAACUGUUAUCCUGCUACCCUCUUCUAGGAAUCCCGAUAACAAUCAAAGAGAGCAUAAGCGUGAAAGGUAUGAGCAACGGGGCAGGAUCGUUGCAAGCCAAAGAUAAAAUCGGAGAAGAAGACGCAGACAUUGUUAAAGCUGUGAAGAAGGCGGGAGCCAUCGUGAUGCUGGUCUCCAACACACCAGAAUUAUGCUUAAAUUGGGAAACUUCCAAUAAAGUCACCGGAAUCACGUGUAAUCCGUACGACACGCGACGAACUUGCGGUGGAUCUUCAGGCGGUGAACUUCUCGCACAAACCGACCGCCAGAUCGAUUUCCCUUUCCGGUCAUUAUCCUGAUUGCGAGGACAAAGAGAAAUGGAACGACCACUUCAUCAUGGGACCGAUGUCCAGGUACGCUGUCGAUCUACCCAUAGCCUUGAAGAUCAUCAUCAAACCCGAAUACAAAGAGAUCUUGAACCUCGACAGAAAAGUGGAUUUAAACAAGCUGAGGUUCUUUUACCUCGACAAUAACGCAAGCAUCUUAGUCAAUAACGUUGAUAGGAGCAUAGACAAUUCGUUGAACAGCGUCAUCGAUUACUUUCGCGGUAAAUACAGGAUGGAUGUUAACAAGCUGAAAUUCAAACAAUCUCCUUACUUAACUAUAGUCCCUUUAUUGGCGAUAGAAGGAACGGACGAUCUUUACUACGAUCAACCCAAGAGUAACAUUUACUGGGAACUACUGAAAUUCCUUUUCGGACAAAGCAAAGCCACUCUGACUGGCGUUUUCUAUUUCGUGCUGCACAAUCUGACGACGAAAUUCGUGAGCAAACGGAAAGUGGAGAAGAUACGUGUGAAGAUGUUUGAGGCGAGGAAAGAGUUGGAGGACAUCCUCGGCGAUGACGGUGUCCUACUGUACCCCACGUAUCCGACUCCGGCGCAUUACCAUUUCAUGUGCAUCUCGAAACUGCUGGACUGCAGUUAUUGUACCGUCUUCAACGCUUUCGGUUUACCGGCCACCAACUGUCCGAUUGGUUACAGCGAGCAAGGUUUGCCCGUCGGAAUACAGGUAAUCGCGAAGAGGAAUUGUGAUCGACUCUCUUUGGCCGUCGCGGAGGAGAUCGAAAACAUCUUUGGUGGAUGGAAAUUCUCGCCGCAAUCUCAGUGACGCAUUUUCAAAUAGUUAUUAGUGAUAUUUAUGUAACUUAAGUCAUAUAAUAUUUUUUAACAA